CAGCACUACUCCUCUUCAGGAAACGCUAAACUUCGCUAGUUCUUUCAAAGUAUUGUCUUAUUGUCAGAAGCUUUGAGCUGUACUGCGAAUAAAAAAAGACGCAAUGUCACUCUCAGUGAUAUAGGAAAAUUUUCUUCACUUGUAUACCUCAGAUAAGUUAAUUUUUUAUCCACAAAAGAAGAGUAUCGUACUGUUCGAGAUCAAAAAUCGGCGUUUCGGUAUGAGCAAUAUUUUCAAUAAUUUGUAUCGCCAUUAGAUUAUAUGUUUCAAACUAAAUUGAAUAAGUGCUUUGUUGUUGAAAAAAAAAUAUAAACUAUGAUUGGAUUAUAUCAUUGCGACAAAUUGUCCAUGCGACAAAUUGUCCGCAACGAAUUGUCCGGUCACCAAAGUGAGAAAAUCUCUUGCAUACUAUAGUUACUUCCCACGAUAGUUGAUCGCUACAGUAAGGACUUAUCUUACUUAUUUCUGAAUUUCGAACAGAAUCUUUUUCUUUUUUUUUUUGGAGAGUUGCUAUGGUUUGUAAUGGAGUUGGAAGCCGAAAAAUCUGAAACUUCAAACUUUCACUCACUAUUUUCUUCAAAAACAUAUAAGAGUUCCACAAAAUUUUCUAGAAGACAUUUUAUAUUGUUUUUUAUUAAGGUUAAAAUGUCAACUGGCUUAAGACUACUCGUACGUAAAAUUCCCGAACGAGAAAAAGAAUCACAUGUGAUUAUAGAUUCACCUGCAGUAUCAACAAUUAUAUCAACUCGAACACCGUUACUUACACGUUAUGAUUAUCAAGCACUACGUACAGCUUAUUUACUAGCUCCACAAUCCAAAUGGAUUAUAGUUCGUAAUAAUAUACAUAAGAUUCGAAGUUGGAACGCUAUUGUACGUACUUCAGUUGUUGAUAGACCAUUUCAAAAUUGGUAUAUUCUUUUUAAAAUGAGACAUGAAUUAAAACGUGCUGAAGAAGAAAUUCAUGCUAUUCAAUAUCGUCCAAAUUUUAAACCUGUUCAUCAUUUUUAUUUACCUGCUGAUGGAACAGAUGUACGAUGUUAUAAUGUUUCACAUGUUCAACCAACGGAUUGUAUUUCUUAUGUUGCUCUUGGUUCGAAACCAAUUCUUUUACAAAAUUUACUCUAUUUUUUUAGUAAAGGAUGCAUUGUUCCAAAUAAUAGCUUAUUUUACUCAUUUUUAUGUGAUGUUAAUUCAGUAUUAGAUGCAAAUCGAAAACGUAUAAAUCGAGAUAUUCUUUUUCGAAAAGUUGCAUUAAUUAUCACAAUAGCUGUUUUUAUUAUUAUAUUAAUGAUGUUUUUUUCAUUGAUAUUAAGUGUAUUAACAACAACAUCAAAUUUAAGACAAAUGUAUAAAAAUGGUCUCAGUGAAGAUAUGACAUGA